AUGAAGCUCUCCUCGGUUCUCCUCACCCUCACCGCGCUGGUCACUACCGGAAUUGCCGAUAAGACCUGUACACCUAGCUUCGACUAUUGCUCUGAUGUCUUGAUCAAGGACAAAGGAUUCACCGAGGCUGACCUCAAGGAUGUCCUGAAGGGCACCGAUUUCGAGAACGAAGACGUCAAGAACAUCCUGUUCCACUGCAAGAACCCGGGCAUCGUGGGCCACCCCAAGCUGUGCAGCAGUGGAUGCCAAGACCCCGAAUCUGAGGGUAGUCACUCGUGUUCAGCGUAA